CUCAAGCCCAGGGUUGCCGGCAACCCUUUCUUCUGGCCGACCCCCAGCCCCCUUGCCCCUGUGCUGAGCUCUCUCCGUUCACCCUGGCGGAGCUCCAUCCAUCCCCUCUGCACAUCCAGUCUGGGUCAGACCCCGCGCAGAGUCACAGAGACAGUCAGAUCCGUCGGGAGUUGGCAAGCCAGGACCGCUCUACAUCUGGCCUGUUCCUCUGGCCGGUCAAAAGUGGUGACUUUUCUAGUAAAGCAACGGUGUGAGCUUAACAUCCGUGACGGCAAAGAGAGGACAGCUCUGAUGAAGGCUGUCCAGUGCCAGGAAGUGGAAUGUGCAGUUUUUCUGUUGGAACAAGAUGCCGAUCCAAAUCUUCAGGAUGUCUACGGCAACACUGCUCUCCACUAUGCCGUGUACAAUGAGAAUGAGUUGCUAACGGCAGAACUACUUUCACACCAUGCAGAUAUUGAAGCCAAAAACAAGACUGACAUGACGCCACUUUUACUUGCUGUGAAUAAGAAAAGCCCGGCGAUGGUGGAGUUUUUACUAAAGAAAAAUGCAAAUGUAAAUGCAGUUGAUAAUUGGAAAAGAACUGCCUUCAUGGUUGCCUUACGUGGGAAAUCAUUAGAUAUAGCCAAUCUUCUUCUUCACGGCGGCAUUGAUGUCUCUCUUAAAGAUAUGAGUGGAUGGACUGCAGAAGAUCAUGCUGCUUCCAGUGAUUUUAAAAUCCUUUACAAACAGGUUCUAAUAGAGGAAGCAGGAAGUGGCAGUGAGAGCAGCCAAAAUUCUCCUAAGCAUCCUUCUCAGAAGAGCAAGCCAGAGGAUGAUGAUAGGCGCUCUGAAGAGUCUUCUAGCAGUGAACUGGGAGUUGAUGUUCCUCGAUCAUGGCACUCAUCAGAUGAUGAAGACCCCCUUGGUCCUGAGCCCAAGGUUAACUCAAUACCAAACUUAAAGGAGCUAUGUAUUGCUUUUCUGAAAAGGAAAAAUUGUAAGCUAUUUGAAGAUUGCCUAUUGAUGUGUUAUCUGUUAGAACCUUGAGAUCAGGAAUUCUGAUAGUCAGUAUGAAGCUGUGGUUGAAAGCCUUCCCACAACGUCAGGCAAAGUCCAGGGCUUUUUUUCAUCCUGCCUUUCCAGCACCGGACCCUCUUCUGAAACCUCUCAAGUCUUUAGCAAACCCUGGUCUUACAAAGAACAAGAUUUGGAAGUGACAUCAGAGCAAGAGCAAUAAAGGCUUGAAGGAAGUGAAAAUAACCAGCGUUGGGAUAAAGUUUAAACACGUGUACCCUGACAGAAAAGACAUCUGAGAAACAAAAGUCCAUUAACUGCCCACUUUUGCGUCUGCAAAAAUUGCCUCCAGAACCAGAACUGAAUAAGGAUUGUGACAGAGAAGUUGUAUCUAGAUAUCCAGCACUUCAUGCUGUGCAAAAGUCUGAGGAAAUGUCAGUCAAACCUGGCAAAGUAGAGAGGAAAAGUAAUUCAGAACUCAUCACAAAUGAGAUGAAGCAGAGUUUUGCUGAAAUUUGUGACCAAUAUCAAACUUCCUGGUUGUCCUGAUGAGGAGCCUCUGCAAGAGAACUCUGAAGGAGCAACAAACCAAAAGGAAAUACUCCCUAACUUGACAGAUCGUAUGCUCGAUUAUAAGAAAAAGGAUGCAUCUGAAGUGCCGAUUUCUGGAGAAAUCCAGGCACUUCCUGAAGGAAAAGAUCCCCAUCUCAAAAAUGGCUUUCCAUGUCAGUCAUACUCUGGAUCCCCGGAAUAUGCUAAGAAAUAUACAAGGGUGGAACCUGGAUUGGAGAAUGUGAUUUCUUCUCCAUCACAUAGUGACAAAGUAUCAGAAAUACAUCUAGAGGAAGAGUUACAGCAAGACAUGCAAACAUUUAAGAACGAGGUGGGCAUGUUAUGAGCAGAGCUUGUGGCUCUGGAGAAAGAAGAAAUUCCACUUCAAAAAGAGGUUAAAGAAGAAAAGAAGCACAAAAGUAAUGAAAUGGUGGCAUCAGAAAACCUCUACGAUGGUGCUGCUGAUGACAGUGCUGAGGAUGGGGUAAUUCAGGAAAGAAAGGGUGGAAAACCUGACCGUCAGCACUUUCCUAGGAAGGAGAAUGAAGAGUCUGAUAGAAUCAUCCACAGAUUUUUGCCAUCUAGGAAGGACAGGAUUAAGUCUGAGCUGUCAGCUUUCCUCACUGGAAAUCAAGACACAAACAGAAUCACAAGAAGCCUCAGAGCGGCUAAGACACAAUCAUACUGCUCCAAGAAGUCAGCUCAAAUGCAGGACUAAAGAUUGGAAAUCUGCGCUUUCCAAAAAGAAACCUCCUAAAGACUCUAAUGAAAGCAAAUUGGAAACGAUAAGCAGCACUAUCUUAAAGAAUUAAAACUUAGAAAAUUCUUGUCCGACGAACUAAACAAUCUUCACAGAGUUAAUGAGACACUAGCAGAGGUCAAGACCAACCGUCUGGGGGAGAAAUAGAAGACCGGAUCUGUAUCUGCUAGUCCUACUAUGAGGCCAGUCCUGCAGUCACCUUGGGUUGCAAAUCUUAAUGAACUUCAGCUCUCAAAAGAAAAUUUAUUCCAGGGGAGAACAUAGUGAUCCCUGCCUCAAGCCCAGAGAAUACAAAUAACAGCCUAGUGAACAGCUUGACCAAGGUGCUGCCAAAUUGGAAUCUGGAGCCUCUGCUGUAGGGUAGCUUCUCCUCCAAGAUCCACUGAUGAGAGAGGCCUAGUUUGGAAAGCGUCAUCAGAAUAUAUACCAAUAGUAAAAGUUAAAAAAAUGUGUAUGAUCGGAUAGACUUUUAAGCAGAUAUUGCAAAUGAAAACCAGUGUUAUUGAAUAUGACAUCCUCAGACUGUCCAGCGUCAGCUGUUUAAACAGCCAAACAAUGAAGUGUUCACGAAUACUUUAGUGAAGUUAAUUGAUAGCUUAUUUGUAUUUCAUGAUUUUUACGACUAUACGUAGUGAUAGAUUUAACUUUAGACAGAUAGCAUUUUGUCUCCUAGUACUGUGGUCAUUGUCAAUGUUUGGAUGUAUUACAAUUGUUAUAGGGCCAUCAAACUUAUAUAAUUGUAAUUUUAAGCAUGGAUUUAUAUAGAUGUUUCCUCAUGGAGAAAUAAAAUUUGCCUAAGGCUUUUCACCUUU